AUGCUCCGGCAUGGCCUGGGUCUGCACAGACGAGGGCCCCAGGCGGGGGAUGUGCUACCUUCUCGCAUAGACAAUCCAACAGCAAGUCUGCCGUCGUCGAUAGGACCGACCGACGUCGCCACUGCAGACCCUUCGGCCACUGCCCCUAUCGUCACCGCCGAGGCUGUCUCUGGUUUCACCACUAUAACAGAAAUACAGACACUGGCAAAGAGCACCGACACGGGCGAGACCACAUUUACCACCGAAGUGACCAAGACCAUUACCAACUCAGCUGAAUAUGCCUCGAUCACGUCUGUGGCGGCAGCAGCCUCUUCUUCGUCUACCACUCGCACGACCACGUCGACCACGCCGGCUGCCGCAACGAGCAGUGCCGCAGCCAAGCAAUCCAACUCGAAUCUUUCCACACUCAUCCCAGCUAUUGUCGUCCCACUUGCGGUCAUACUGUUGGCAUCGUUGGCUGUGUUCUGGUUCUUCAUGAGGCGGAGACAUAGAAGGGAGUUGCAAAGCCAGCCAGAGUUUGUCAUGACAGGCAAAGGAGAGAAGCUGAAUAGCCGCUCUAGCAGUAGCAGGUCCACCACGUCGAACCCGGGGCCAUCUGAGAAGAAAUCACCCGUCGUUUUCCAGAAUGAACUACCAUCUGCUAUAUCACCGCCGACUACAACGUCAGAGUGGCCGCCCACUCAGGUUGGCGGCGUCCGACCACAGACACCCCAAGGACCGGGCUCUGCAGGACACGAUCGGGUUCUUGAACAACAACGAACUUUAACGGCAAAUUCCCCGUACAGAAACUUCAGGGGUCCAGGCCAAGGACUGCCAGUCCAUGGUCCGCGACCGGCCACAGCUGGACGACCUGGACCACCUGCCUCGGGCAGAGAUCAAGGCAGGAAUAGAAACAGAAGUAAUAGCACACCGGGGCAACGGGGUCAACCACCGCCGCCAAGAUCAGGUCCUAGCCCAGUAUCCAGAAUAGCCCCGAGCCCAGUCCUUCGGAGUGGACCAAGCCCAGUACCGCUACAGACGAGCCCAACACAUUCGCCUCUACCCUCGUCCUCGGCUUUUCGCUUCCGCGACCCUUCGCCCACCAUGAACCUCAGCAACAGAGCACAGGCGCCCUCACGCCUGGCAGCCCCGCCACCUGGUGCCUUUAAUGGUGCUUCUUCCAUCUCUCAAUACUCGCCUAUCGUGAAAGACACUCCAACGAUACCGAAGGUAUUGGCAGGCAAGCGCGCACCGCCACCGAUCAACACGGCCGAUCUGCGUGAAACUACCAAAUCACCGGGCUCUAAUAGUCCAGCCGGCCAUGGUCUCACGGAAGAGAACAUGCGCAUCGCGCGCCUAGCCAACUCUUCUCGCCUGGGACACACUCCGGCAGAGCCCAGUCCAUCUCCCAAACUCCCUCCACCGGCCACUCGCUCACAACUAAUACCCCGAGAGAGCCCGAAGGAACACCAAGACCGCUUUUUCGGCGGCAGCGGAAGCAGUCAGUCUGCGGGCCCGAAGACAGCUGCAUCGAGCCACUACCCCUCCAAACGAGCCAGCGUUGUGUCAGAUGCUGACGAGUAUGAAGACAUCGAUGCCAAGUCAGACGUGAGCAGCUUGAACGAGUUUGAACGCUUCGACUUUGGCACGGGCAUCGGCAUUGGGAGCGGGAGAGGCAGCCCAGCCGGAAACUCCUUGACCUACUUUGCUGCAACCAACAGUCCGGCCAGUGAGAGAGGGAGCGCGUUUGGCACGACAGGCGUGCACGAACGCUGGUGA